AUGCACCAGCGCUACUGUAUGGUUCGACGAGCUGUGCAGGCGCCCAGAAGAAGCUCUGCUCGACGCUGGAGCGAUUCGGCGGCGCCCGCAGUAUUACCAGAGGGCCUUCACGAGAUUGACAGCGUUCCGCGCACGCCGUCCUGGUCACUCACGGAGCUCCACCAAAAGGGAGCGGUGCCCGAUGCAGCCAAUGUCGUGCUGACGGCAGCAAAGCUGCGAGAGCUAGCGGAGUUGUGCCAUCUACACCUGGACGACGAGAAGCUCCCGGGACUGCUCAAGGACGUAGAGGCCAUCAUUCAGUGCACAAAGACCAUUCAGGCCAUGACGAUCAGUGAGAACAUCAAUGACGUGUACACCACAAGCGACUUUGACGCUGAUACUGUGGCUCCUCUUCGAGACGACGUCGUCACAGCAGGAGAUUGUGCCGAUAAGAUCUUGGCAAACGCUGCAGAAACGUCCGGCUACUACUUCAAGGUGCCCAAGGUGCUGCGAGACUAA